UCCCACCCAGACUCCUCCGGUGCAUCCCGGCCACGCUCCCUCCGCAAUCCCUCGCGAUGAGAGCGACGGGGCUCUUGGUGCUCUGCCUGCCAGCGCUCCUGGUGCAGGCCCAGUACAGCCGCUUCGAGGGCAUCACGUACCCCGAGCCGGUCCAGUAUUCCCAGUAUGACCAGCAGGCAGGUGAGCCCCCACCCUGUGCCCCCUGGACUGUCCCUGCCCCAGACAAACCCCCACCGGACAAACGUCGUGUCCCUGCAGCUGCGGUGCCUGAGACGGAGCCCACGGAGCCGGGACCCCUCGACUGCCGGGAGGAGCAGUACCCCUGCACCCGGCUCUACUCGGUGCACAAGCCCUGCAAGCAAUGCCUGAACGAGAUCUGCUUCUACAGCCUCCGCCGGGUUUAUGUCAUCAACAAGGAGAUCUGCGUCCGCACCGUGUGCGCCCAUGAGGAGCUGCUGCGAGGUGAGAGGGGCGCGCUCCCCAAAAACUGGGAUCGCCUCUUUGCCCGUGGUUUUGGGGUGGGGAAAUCCCGCAGGAUUGAACCAAACUGCUGCAGCCCCCACGGGAAAAAGUGGGAUUGUGUUUUGGGGUGGGAAAAUCCUGCAGGAUYGAAUCGGGCUGYUCCAGCUGCCAUGGAGCAAAGAGGGAUCCUAUUUUGGGGUGGGAAAAUGCCUCUGGAUGGAUCUGAGCUGCUCCAGCGACCCCGGAGCAAAGCGGGAUCCGGUUUUGGGGUGGGAAAAUCCU